AUGUGCAUGGCCGGCUCUGUGCUCCUUCUAGGCUGCAGAUCAUCUGGACUCAGGAUGAAACUUUUCCCUAGUUUCAUGGGGCUUUUGACCCUUCUGGCAAGUUUUGGACAAGUUUAUAUGUGGCAUCCAAAGAGUCCCUUCAGCCAGAUGUUCACUGGAGUUAAAGUUCCACCCACCACUAGAGGGGAACCUGGGGAACCACUCUUUCUUACCCCAUACCUGGAAAGUGGGAAGAUUGAUGAAGCUCGUGAGCUGAGCCUUGUGGGAAACCUCCCAGGUGUAAAUGUGAAAAGUUAUGCAGGAUACCUCACCGUGAACAAAACCUAUGACAGCAACCUCUUCUUCUGGUUCUUCCCUGCUCAGGUUAACCCAGACACAGCUCCAGUGUUGCUUUGGCUUCAGGGAGGACCUGGUGGAACGUCUAUGUUUGGUCUCUUUGUGGAGCAUGGACCCUAUGUAGUCACACAGAACCUCACAUUGGUUCAUCGGGAAUUUUCCUGGACAAACAAAUAUUCAAUGCUGUAUAUAGAUAAUCCCGUUGGGACAGGCUUCAGCUUCACAGGAAAUGAUAGAGGUUAUGCAGUGAAUCAAGAUGAUGUGGCAAGAGAUCUGUACAGUGCACUCACGCAAUUUUUUCAGAUCUACCCAGAAUAUCAUAAAAAUGACUUUUAUUGCACAGGAGAGUCCUAUGCUGGGAAAUAUGUUCCUGCAAUCGGCUAUUACAUCCAUAUUCACAAUCCAACCGCUAAGGUUAAAAUCAACUUCAAGGGGAUUGCCAUCGGAGACGGACUCUGUGAUCCUGAAGGGAUGUUGGGUGGUUAUGCUGACUUCCUGUACCAAACUGGCAUGGUGGAUGAAAACCAGAAGGAUUUUGUCCGGAGGCAAUGCGAUCUGGCAAUAAGCUACAUCAAACAGCAGAAGUGGAUUGACGCGUUUGACGUUUUUGAUUCAUUGCUGAAUGGUGACAGAACCUCUUACCCUUCAUUCUACCAAAAUGUGACUGGUUGUAGCAAUUACUUCAAUUUUCUCCAAUGCAAGGAGCCAGCAGACCAGGAGUACUUUGGCUUAUUCUUGGCACUCUCAGAAGUGAGGAAGUCUAUCCAUGUGGGUAACCUGACCUUUCAUGAUGGGUCUGAAGUUGAAAAACAUUUGCUUUCAGAUGUGAUGAAGACCAUAAAACCAUGGUUGGCUGUGCUAAUGGAUAAUUACAGG